CCCGCGGAGGGCCGGGGGUGGCAGCGUCCAACCCGGCCCCGGGCAUGGGGAACUGCCUGUCAUCGCAGACGGCCGACGACCUCUCGCUGCUCAACGACUCGGCCGACGGCGCAAGCCUGGGGCCCGGGGCCGCGCCGCCGCCUCCCUACCAGGAGCAGGCAUCAGUGCCCACAUACCACUCUGUGCCUGGGCAGUCGUGCCUGGCAACGCAGCUGACCGAGGAGGAGCAGGUCCGCAUAGCCCAGCGCAUCGGCCUCAUCCAGCACCUGCCCACAGGUGUCUUUGACCUGGGCACUGAGCCCACUGACCGGAAAACCAAGGAGUGUGUGAUCUGCAUGUUGGACUUCGCCUAUGGGGACCCAGUGCGGUUCCUACCCUGUCUACACACCUAUCAUGUGGGCUGCAUUGAUGACUGGCUCAUGCGCUCGCUUACCUGCCCAUCCUGCAUGGAGCCCGUGGAUGCUGCACUGCUCUCCUCCUAUGAGACUUAGCUGGAGGAGGGGAGGAGAGAAACAGAACAUUGCUGGCACAUAUGUGGGGUGAUUUUUGCACCUAGAAGACACCAAAGAUGCCUGCAAUUGCCCUAAUUCAACCCCUGCUUUUGGCUCAGGUGCUUCGAAAAGCUAGAUGAGGCAGUUCUCUUCCCAGGUGCCUCUGGGAGGAGCAGCCCCAAGCCAAACCUGGGGGAGCUCAUGGGGGUGCAGGGAGGGGGGGAGGAGCAUAUUCCUGCCCCUAGUCUAGUGGAGGGGUGCUGAGCUCCAGGAGCUGGAGUCGAAGAUGGGGCUUGCAGCCUGUGGUGGACACUGUUUUCUUCCCUGGGGCUGGUACCUGCCCUGCCUAGAUCUGGGAGCAGGCCCUGGUGCACCUGGGAAGCCAACCCUGGCCGUUAUCCCCUCCCCAGCCUUGUAGUGCCUCAGCCUUCAGGGCUGGGGGUCCUGGCUCCAGUCCCUCUCCUCUGUCCGGACAGGCAGCCCCUUCUCUGCAGCCAUGGGGUCUCUCAGAGGUCAUGAGCAUUAGCCCCACCCCAUGGCGCUACCACUCCACACUGUUCCAGGGGCAUCUUUGCCUUAGAUAUGGAGUCCCAUCUCCUCCUCCUUCCCCUACAGCUGCCCCAUGAGUUGUCAAGUAAUUGGCCUUACCCAGACUGGGAUGCUUGGAAGGGGGGGUGACUGCUGGCCUGGCUCUCACCGUGGGGCCACCUGCCCCAAUCCCAGCUGGUCCUUGCCAGGGAGUUCAAAGGGAGAUGGAUGCAUGUUAUAUUUGAGCUGCACAAUAAAGAUUAUUGUCUA